AAAGGGCAAAAGAAAACCAACUAAUAAUAAUCGUCCUCCACUUCCAAAAAUUUUCCCUCGGUUUUGAACCCUUCGCAAUUUCUCUUCCUUUCCGACAAAACUUUCAGUUCGAAUCCGUCUCUUUUUUGUGUGCUUUGGACUGAUUGCAUUUGGAAUUCUUCGAGAUUCAUGUGCUUUGUUAUCGCUUUGCAAUUAGAAAAUAGUUAGUUUUUUUUGUGAUAUUUUAGUUAGUUUUUCUUUUUUCGCUCUGAUCUCCUCGAAAUUUUGUCGAUUUCCGAUCGACUGAAUCCGAUUCGAGAAAGUUAGUGUGUUUAGUGGUCGAUUAUUCGUUAUUGUGACACUUCAGGAUAGGUUUGGGACUUGAGGUUGGUAUGAUUUUUGAGAGUCCGUUAGGGUUUUGCAUCUUUGUGUAAAGAGAAUUGGCUAGAAUAAAUUAAAACCUUAAUCGUUAAUUACAAGCUUUUGCUGCGUUCCGGGAUGCUAAUUUGACGAUGAAUCAAGGCGGCAAUACUGAAACCGUGGCUCCAGCGGAACCCAGUUCGCUCGAGAAGCAACACAUUGGUGAUGGAAAUCAAUCAGUGACGACAUUGACAUAUCAACCUUUGACAUCUGCUCCAGAAGCCAUAUCAUGGGCUAAUCACAAGGUGGAUGGUAGUUCCAAUGAGAAUGGGUUGCUCCCAAAUUCCGCUUACCAAUAUAAUCAACAAGUGCUCCCACCCGCAAGAAAUGUGCAAGAUGGUCUAAAUGUGUCUUCUGUUGCUUGUAGUUCAUCAAGUUUUGUGACAUCAAAUGCACCACAAGAUUACAAUGCCUAUGCACCAUAUUCAAAUUCUGCCGAUCCUUAUGGUUAUGCAAAUGCUGGUUACCAAGGUUACUAUAACAACUAUCAGCAGCAACCCAACCAUUCUUAUUCACAGCCCGUAGGAGCAUAUCAAAACACAGGUGCUCCUUAUCAGCCCCUUUCCUCAUUUCAGAAUACAGGGUUUUAUGCUGGGUCUACAAGUUACUCAACCACUUACUACAAUCCUGGUGAUUAUCAGACAGCUGGAGGUUACCCAACUAGCAGCUACAGCAAUCAGACUACCUCAUGGAAUGGUGGCAAUUAUGGAAAUUAUAAUUCUAAUCAAUAUGCUCAAUAUGCACCUGACUCAAGUGGAGCUUAUAGUUCCAGUUCUACCAAUGCAAAAGCUCUACAUUAUCAACAACAACAACAGCCCUACAAUCAGUGGGCUGAUUACUACAGUCAAACAGAAGUUAGCUGUGCCCCUGGGACUGAAAAACUGUCUGCUCCAGGCACUGCUAAUGCAGCAUAUCCGGCUCAUGGUUCAACUAGUUUAUCUGCACUGAACAGUCAACCACCACCUUCAUAUACUCCCUCGUGGAGGCCAGAUUCUGGUUCAUCUGAACUGGCUUCUGCUCAGCCUGGUGCUGUAAUUAGUGGUAACCAUGAUGGUUACUGGAAGCAUGGGGCUCCAAAUUCUCAAGUGCACCUUACUAAUGCUACUCAACCUCUCUUUGAAAAGCCUCUAGAUUUAAAAACUUCUUAUGAUAGCUUUCAGGAUCAACAGAAAACUGCAGGUCCCCAGGGGCCCAAUUUACAAUAUCCAGCACAUCUGGCUCCCCAGAGCUAUCAAUUACCCUCACAAUCUGUUCCAUCCUUGGAAGCUAGAAGGACCAAGCUGCAGAUUCCAACAAACCCUAGGAUCGCUUCCAAUUUGAGCAUACUAAAAACCAGUAAGGAUAGCUCUACAGCUGAUGCUGUGGUUCAACCUGCUUAUGUCAGUGUUUCAGUGCCGAAGCUGAAUGAGAAAGAAUUGUCUAGUGAUACUGCAGAGUCUGUCCUGAAGCCUGGAAUGUUCCCUAAAUCUUUGCGUGGUUAUGUCGAGAGGGCUUUAGCACGAUGUAAAGAUGAGAAGCUAAUGACAUCUUGUCAAUCAGUUCUAAAGGAGAUGAUUACGAAGGCAACAGCUGAUGGCACGCUUUAUACAAAAGACUGGGAUAUUGAGCCUCUGUUUCCAUUGCCAAGUGCAGAUGCAGUUUACAUAGACAAGUUACAGGGUCCAAAUUCCCUUUCUUCAUUGCCAAAGUACAAAAGAAGCCCGAGUAGAAGAUCCAAAAGUAGAUGGGAGCCUUUACCGGAGGAAAAACCAGCUGAAGCACCUGCCCCUUAUAGUAAUGGUUCUGCUAAAUAUGGUGGCUGGGCCAAUGUUAGUGAAAGAGACAAAAAGACUUUAUCUGGGAGCUCUGAGACUAAGGAUUUGAGCAAUUCAAGAUUUCCUCUGUGGGAUCAGAGAUCUGUGAGCAAGAUUUCCCAAGGACCACCAAAGAAGCAGCGAGUUGCUGAUGGGAGCACACCUGAUAAUGAUGGGGCAUCUAGUGAUAGUGACAAGGAGCAAAGUUUGACAGCAUACUACUCUGGAGCCAUGGCCCUUGCAAAUUCGCCUGAAGAGAAAAAGAAACGGGAAAACCGAUCCAAGCGUUUCGAAAAAGGGCAUGGCCAUCGGGCAGAAAAUAAUCACUUCAAACCUAAAAGAUCUGGAAUUGGAGACUUGUAUACUCGAAAGGCUAAUGCCUUGGUUCUUGGAAGAAAUUUAGAAAAUGGUGGCUGCAGAGCUGUUGAAGACAUUGACUGGGAUGCUCUUACCAUUAAAGGGACCUGCCAGGAAAUUGAGAAGCGUUAUCUACGUCUUACUUCUGCUCCUGACCCUAGCAGUGUAAGACCAGAGGAAGUUCUGGAGAAAGCUCUCAAUAUGGUUCAAAUGUCUCAAAAGAAUUAUCUAUAUAAAUGUGAUCAAUUGAAAUCCAUUCGUCAGGAUCUAACUGUACAGAGAAUUCGCAAUCAACUAACUGUUAAGGUAUACGAGACUCAUGCUCGACUAGCCUUAGAAGUUGGAGACCUACCCGAGUAUAAUCAGUGCCAAUCACAGCUGACGACUCUGUAUGCUGAGGGGAUUGAGGGAUGCCUUAUGGAAUUUGCUGCUUAUAACUUACUCUGUGCGAUCUUGCACUCUAACAACAAAAGAGAUCUUUUAUCAUUGAUGUCAAGGUUGUCAUGCGAAGCGAAAAAAGAUGUAGCUGUGAAUCAUGCUCUUGCAGUUAGUUCUGCUGUCACCUCUGGGAACUAUGUCAAGUUCUUCAGAUUAUACAAAGCAGCUCCCAACUUAAAUACGUGCCUGAUGGAUCUCUAUGCUGAAAAGAUGCGUUACAAAGCUGUAAAUUGCAUGUCUCGGUCGUAUCGCCCAUCUAUACCUGUUCCGUACGUUGCUCAGGUCUUAGGAUUUUCUACUUCAUCUGGAGAAGAAGUUCAGGAAAAGGACGUAGAUGGAUUGGAAGAGUGCACAGAAUGGUUGAAGGGGCAUGGAGCUUGCCUCAUAACAGAUAAUAAUGGAGAGAUGCAGCUUGAUACAAAAGCUUCAUCUACAACUCUCUAUAUGCCAGAGCCCGAAGAUGCGGUGGCCCAUGGAGAUGCGAAUCUUGCUGUGAACGACUUCUUUACACGAACAUCCUCGUAGUGGAAAAGAAAGUAGUUGCAUCCAACUGUUCCAGAGCUUGUAAGAGAAUUUGGGCACUUUUACUGGCCUCGACAAGCUGAUGUACAAUAUGAAGGAUGCUUCAUACGGCCUGAACUUUCGGAAGAAGAUUACGUCAAUCCCAUCUCCGGUCUGUAACAAUGUAGAUGGACAGGUACAAUGUUAAGAUUUGAAUGAGAUUAUCAAAUAUAUGGCUUAAAAUGGGAGAGGAUCUAAAAAACACAUUGUUGUAGGAGGAAUAGCAUUCAGCAUUCUAUUCAGGAAUCAUAACUGUUCAUUAUUUAUUGGUAUUACUAGGAAAUAUGGAUAGAAAUAAAAGUGAUUGUAUUUUUAAUAUAUGUAUUAUGGGAACUGACUGACAAUCCCUUUGAUUUUAUUUUGAAAUUAACGAAGUAGUUUUCGAUUUUUUUUUAA